AUAUAUAACAUGAAAAAUGAAAAUGCGGUUAAAUAAAUGGGCAUUAAAUAGAAGAGAGUUUCUAGGGUUUUGUACCUGCCAAACAAGUGCAGAAAAGCCAGAGCCAACCUUCCUCCUUCACUCUGCUAAGUUGCUAACACACCACCAGUCACCACCCACCACCCAAACAAACAAACCCUAUGCUCUAAACCUCACCCACCGGUGUCAUUACCGCCCUCAAUGGCUUCACCUUCUUUUCUCCUCAUCUUCAUUCUUCUAGCCUUCCUCCCCGGCGGAGCACCAGACCUCGCCGGCGACGCGGCGGCGCUUUUGGCCUUCCGCGCAGCCGUCGGCCCUUUCGUCCUCAACUGGAAUGCAACCGCCUCUCCGUGCUCCUGGCGCGGUGUCUCCUGCUCCAACGGCCGUAGUGGCCGCGUCACCGCCCUCCGGCUCCCCGGCGUCGGCCUCAUCGGCGAGAUCCCAGCCGGCACCUUCGCCAACCUCACCGAACUCAACACCUUAAGCCUUCGCUUCAACGCUCUCUCCGGUUCUCUCUCGCCGGACAUUGCCACCAUGAAAAACCUCCGCGGGCUCUUCCUCAACGGCAACCGCUUCUCCGGGGAGCUCCCCAACGCCCUCUUCUCCCUUCCCGUCCUCUCUCGCCUCGACCUCUCCACGAACCAGUUCUCCGGCGAGAUCUCGCCGGGCAUCAACAACCUCACAAGCCUCAAAGCUUUGCUUCUCGAGAACAACAACUUUUCCGGCGAAAUCCCGGACAUCAAUCUUCGGCGUCUCGUUCUAUUCAACGUUUCUUACAAUAACUUCACCGGCUCCGUCCCACGAGGGUUGAGCUCCGCUUCGCCCACUGCCUUCUUGGGAAUGUCGCUUUGCGGCGCCCCUUUGAAACCCUGCGCCACCUCUCCAUCUCCUUCUCCUUCUCCAUCUCCAUCUCCAUCUCCAUUUUCAUCUCCAUCUCCGGUCCCGGCAACGCCGACGGGUAACCAUAAGAUCAGCGAUAAAGGGGCUAAGCAGAGCAGCAAGCUAUCGGGUGGGGCGAUCGCCGGAAUCGCCGUGGGAUCGGCGGCGUGUCUCUUGAUUCUGAUCGCGAUUUUCAUCGUCCUCUGUAGGAAGGGGGGCGGGGAGAGACAAGCGAGGUCAGUGCCUGCAGCGGCGGCGGCGCCAGUGAAUGGAGCAGGGGCGGAGAAGGCGGGGAGGAGGUUGGUGUUCACCGGAGGAUCGCCGGAGUUCGAGCUGGAGGAUUUAUUGAGGGCUUCGGCGGAGGUGCUUGGAAAGGGAACGUACGGAACGGCGUACAAAGCGGUGGUUGACGGAGGGUUAACAGUGGCCGUUAAAAGGUUGAGGGACGUUAAUCUCGAGGAGAGGGAGUUCAAGGGGAGGAUCUUGUCCGUUGGAUCGGUUGAUCAUCGGAAUGUUUUGCAGCUGAUGGCUUAUUAUUACAGCAAAGAUGAAAAGUUGCUUGUUUAUGAGUAUUUGCCUGAAGGAAGCCUUUCUUCUCUCUUGCAUGGAAACCGAGGAUCAGGUCUAAACACUCUGGACUGGAGGAAGCGAUGUCGAAUUGCCCUUGCAGCUGCCAGAGGGAUCGAGUACAUCCACUCGACAAGCAGCACAGCCGUCCACGGCAACAUCAAGUCAUCGAACAUCCUUCUCCAUAAACAAGACGAUGCUCGUGUCGCAGAUUAUGGCAUUGCACAGCUAGUGAGCCUGAACACCAUAAACCAUACUGCUGGAUACCGUGCCCCGGAGGUAACUGAUGCCCGGAAGGUGUCUCAGAUGGCAGAUGUAUACAGUUUCGGCGUGCUACUUUUGGAGUUGUUGACAGGAAAGGCACCAGCACAGAUGGUACAGAAUGCUGAGGGACUUGAUUUGCCGAGAUGGGUUCGAUCAGUGACCCCGGAAGAGUGGAAGGCUGAGUUGUUUGAUCUUGAGCUGCUGAAACAACAGAAUACAGAGGAGUGUAUGAUACAACUCUUGCAUUUAGCUCUGGAGUGUACUGCACAGUAUCCAGCUGAUCGACCUUCGAUGUCUGAGGUUGUUGUUGGGAUAGAAAGGAUCUAUAAUUUGAGCCUUGAAUCAUCAUCAAGUGGCCAAGUUCAUGAUGAUAGUUAUUCUUCCAGGCGAACUGAAUCUAUUGAUGAAUCUAGGUUCUAAUUCAAUUGAUCAUUGACUGAUGGCUGACGGAUGUGUGAUGGUUUGUAAUGGCUUGGAUGUUAGGAUAUGGUUUAGAUUAAGAGGUAACGGUGGUGGCUUUUCUUUUUUCUUUCUUUCUUUGUUUUUUUUUUUGGCUAUAUGAAAUCAAGCUUAUGUGUUGUGACUUGUGAGAUGCAAUGGUGUUAUCAUGGCUUUAUGUCCUGUGUAA